AUGGGACUUCACAAAAUUCUCACAUUUCUCACUCCAGGAGAUGCUCGGUCCCGAGUUCCACCCCCACAACGUGAAGAUAACAAUAGAGAAAGGAGCCAGCGUGCUUCUACUUUCAGUCUUCCGCCCUAUGAAGCUGCUCCUCCUUCUUACGAAUCCCUUUGUACUGCAUCUGCGAAAUUUGAGGGUGCUGUAUCAAAGUCUGAUAGUCAUCGUGCUUUACCGAGACCGAAUUCUGAAGGUUUAGUUGCACAUAGCGGGUCAUCUAACAGGCCGCAAUCUUCUCGCUCAUUAAAAAAGGAGAGACCUCAUUCUUCUUAUGCACCAAAAGUCGACCGUCGAUUUUCCCAGGCAUCAUUCGAGGAGAGUCGCCAUUCCUCUGGAGGUGAACCUGAUCUUUCCCUUGAACCGACCAAGGAUAGGCGACGCUCUACCACGGGAAUCAGGCGCAGAUCCGAAGGUAAUCAUCAACGCCAAUUUCAUCAUAAGUCUGCAAAUGUCUCUAACCAACCACCGAGUACUUUUCAACGCCAGGAAACUAGCGCUUCACAUAAAGCCGGAAGCUCUGAGCAAGCUCGGGUCACUACUGGCUUUGCAACUUUUGAUGAAUGGUACAGCACUCGCUCAAAAUAA